AUGACUCAACAACAGCCCCGUAAUCCAAUCCUGGGGAAGUGGCAGACGCCCAACGGCCCAAUUGUAUCUGAGAAAACGCUUCUAGUUGGAGGUAUCAAUGCCACAGUCUACGGUCUGGGCGAAGUGAAUAGCACCACCGACCACGUUGCUUGUCUCUGGCUGUUACACCCGCGUAGUUGUACUCUGGCUGACAUGAAACCAAUAGCACGGACGAUGAUCCAUACAUGGAACACUCUAGUCGCCAACAGUGCAUCUGCGGAAUUGCACGGCAAGAAAGGCCUCAUCGCAGUCGCCAUUGACCAGAGAAAUCACGGAGAACUCCAGAUUGACCCACUCGCCAACGAGGCAUGGCGGCAAGGGAACCCCACCCACGCAGUCGAUAUGUUUGCUACUUUUAGUGGCACGGCACGAGACGUCUCUCACAUGAUUGAUCACUUGCCGUCGUAUCUCUAUCCACGGUCUGAGAAGACUAUCGUUGAUCAUAUGGUGCUCGGGGUAUCACUCGGUGCUCACGCUGCUUGGCACCUUCUUAUGCAUGACCCGCGAAUACGCAUUGGAGUUGCUAUGAUUGGAAGUCCUGACUAUACCAACAUAAUGGCUGAUCGGGCACGGCUGAGUAAAUUGAUGGAAUGGACAUCAACCGAUCCGCACGGCUCGUCAUUCAUCGGUUCACGAGCUUACCCGCGGGCGCUGGUCGACGCCGUCGCCAAAGUCGACCCUCGCGCUGUAUUGUGUGGACCAUGGAGUGUGGACGACAGCGGAAGUCUAGAGAUGCCCGCCACCGCGGAUGACCAGGCGCUUACACAGCGUUUGCUAGAACAUCACCUUGGAGGCAAGAAUAUCCUGGCUGUGUCUGGCGGAGGAGACAAGAUGAUUCCCUAUCGCACCAGCAAGUCUUUCUUCUCAUGGCUGAAAUCAGGGACUCGUGCUGAGGGCUGGUACCGAGGCAAGCCCAUCGCCUUUGAGGACUUCGUCGCCGACGAGGCCGGUCAUGAAGUUGAUCUGGUUAUGAUGGCCAAGGUGGUGGAUCAUUUGAAGUCGACCAUCUUUCCAUUGCUGAACCAACAUCCAAGCGUCACUGCAAAGCUAUGA